AUGGGAGACCUGGUGGGGAAGGUGGGAGGUGAUGGCACUGCCAGUGGGGACUGCUGGGAAGGCGAGGAUGAGGACAGCGACGACAAGGAUAACUGGGAGGACGAUGAUAGAUUAGAAGAACCUGAAAUGCCAACACCAGAACAAUUAGCAGGUGAACUGCAGCUAAGGAAACUACAGGAAGAGUCAGACCUGAAAUUAGCAAAUAAAACUUUUGUUGUGAAUAAUAUGGUCUGUGGAAUAGGUGGUAUGAACCUAUCUUCAAGAGAUGAGUUCACGGAGCUAGGAAAGUUGCUAAAAUAUAAAAUUAUACAAUAUGAAAAGUUACUAUAUUAUGCCAGUGUUUUGGAAGUCUUAGUUCAUAAUGUAUGUAUUUCAUUGGAGAUUGAUGACUUCAAAAAGACAACCAAUUCACUGACUGUGCUUUGCAGUGAAAAAGAGAAGCAAGAAAAACAAAGCAAAGCCAAAAAGAAGAAGAAAGCCAUGGCUCCUGGAGGGGGAAAAAAAGCCACCAUGAAAGAUGAUUAUGGUGGUAAUGAUGGAGGAUAUGUAAGACUAUGA